AUGUUCAAGGUCGGGCUUCCCUGGAAGGCUGCCCCAACAAGCCGCGUUGUCCACAUUGCUCAAGUUAUUUUACAAUUCACAUUUGCUAUAACUGCCAUUGCUCUCAAUGCUUCAGACAUAGCCAAUGGCCCCACAAAUACAGGUGUUUCGGUCUACGCCAUCGCCAUCGCCUCUUUAUCUGCCCUGACAGCGUUGGUGUUCGCGAUCGACAUCGUCUUCCCAUUUCCCAGUCGGCUGUGGCUGCUGUGGGUUCUGUUCUGGCAAUGGGUCCUCACUUUUGCCUGGGUGGGGGUGAUUGCAUCGUUUGGCGGCAGGUAUUUUGAGAGCCAAUCCACGCAUAUUGAAGCCGCCGCUGCAUUUAACAUUAUCAAUAUGCUGCUAUGGCUUACGGGCUCUGUCUUCGGCACGAUUACAAUGUGCUUUAGAAGGAAGCUGGGUGGCAAAAACCCAGACGAGGCGGAGUCAUCCCAUGAUCUCUCUGAGCGCAAUUGCUGA